AUGUCUCGCCAAACUCCCCGCAAACGAGGCCACAACCGCCACCCCUCUGCCACAGGCCCCCGCCCAGUUCAAUCCGACUACGAGUCCGAUGCUGCCCACUACCUCGACACCCAUCCCGCCCCGCCACCGAACCCGGCCCUCUUCACCCGCACAAAUACGGAUCUCAACCUCUCCGUCCUCCGCCGUUACCUCCCCUCCAUCAAUGCGACCCUCUCCAUCGCCGCUAAUGCCGUCGUCUACACUUUCAACCCUACCCUGCCAGGCUGGGACAAGACGGGCAUUGAAGGUACCUACUUUCUCUGCAUGCAGGACCCCCUCCCCGGAGUCCCCGCGCCGAGGGCCUGCAUCUUCGUGCUCAACCGCCGCGGUUUGGAAAACGUCAUUCUCGAUCUGAGCGAUGUUGCGGACUUUGAGGUGAUGGACGAGAUUUACAUCUUCCGGCUGAGGCAGGAGCAGGCGCACGAAGACGUGCCCAAGGUUAUGGGCAUCUGGAUCCACGCCGACAAGGAGGACACGCGCGUUAUGAACGCCGCCAUGAUCAGUGAGACAUUGCGCCAGAUUCAGCUCCAUGCCUCCGAGGAAGCGAGUGCGGGAGUUGCCGGCGUGCCGCCGCAGCAGGAGGAACUCGGCCCGGCAAUGCAGGCUAUUGGCCGCAGGCUCAGUUUGAGCGACCUCUUUGGCGCGCAGAAUGGUACCAAGGGCUAG